AUGGCCGCGCCUACAGGAUCACCGCCAUUGACUUGGCGAACAUCCGUGUCCGUACCUGUGCCUGUGCCGACCGAUGCCAAGGACACCGCCGACAUUAAUGCCGCCGCCACCCCGUCAGAGCAGCACUUCAUCUGCUCGUCCGACUCGGCCCUUAUCCAGCUCGACGCCCUCCACGACGCUAUGUCGUCCGACCUGAUGUGGUGGGCCAAGCCACUUUCGCGGCCCCAGCUCGUCGCCAUGGUCACGAACAGCUUGUGCCUCGGCGUGUACACCACGGACUCUGCCGACGGCGCGCCCCAGUCCAUGGUUGGCUUCGGCCGCCUCGUCACCGACCGCGUCACCUUCGCCUACCUCACCGAUGUCUAUAUCCUACCCGCCUAUCAGCGCUGCGGCCUCGGCGCCUGGAUGAUGCGCUGCCUGCGGGAGCUAUGUCACGGUAGCGAGCCUGGCCGCACGGGCAGUGUUCCCUCCACGGACGGAUGGCCGAACCUGCGGAGCCUGUGGCUUGUGGCCAGCACCGAGUCGGCGGCACGCAUGUACAUGGGCGCGUUGGACGCCGAAGAGGCCGCGCGGUACCGGCCGCAGCCGGGUGUGCCGGGGAGCGGCAUGCUGUUGGUGGAGAUGCCGGGGCCGGCAAACUCGAUCCGGAAUCACGCGAAGCGAAAUGAGGAGGCAAAGGCAGCGGCGGGGACAUGA